GCCCUGCGCGGCGCCAUGGAGGCGGCCGCUGUGCUGCGCGUCCAGAGGAAGCGCGGCGGCCCCGAGCCGGCCGAGGCGCUGCUGCUCGCCUGCAAGCGGCCCCGCACCGAGCUCGGUGGGGCCCCGGAGGUGGAGAGGAGCCUCUUCAAGCUGGUGGCCACCGUCUCCUCCAAGAACGAGCCAGUUCAGAAGUACGUUCAAGAAGUGAUCACUCGAGACAAAGCAGCGCAAAGCCUGCGGCCCUCCUUAGGAAGCGCUCAGCGGAUCGCUCAGGAGCUCCGUUCUUCCAAGGAAGCGAAGAGGAAGGAAAAUCGGUACCGUGUAAUAGCCAGCCAUCGGCCCAACGCACCCGCUGCAGAUGGCAAGGCAUCAACUGACAGUGACAGACCAGGCUGUGAAGCUACAGAAGAUGCUUCGCAAAAGGAAACGAGUGCUGUUGAUGAGAGUUCAGACUGUGGUGGGAAAUUCCAGCUGUUUGAUAUUGUACAAGAAGACGAGGUGAUAGAAGACCCCAGUGCAACUGCAGCAAACCCACAGAAAAGUGGUGAUCCAGAUGUGAUUCUCUGCAAUGCAGUAGAGAUGAUCCGUGAGCGUUUACAUGUUUCUGAAGAUGAUAAAAAAGUGGAACACCGUGAGAAAGAAGAUGAGUACGUUUAUGACAUCUACUGCAUGGAAACAUCAGUUCCUGUCUGGAUCCAUAAUAUCCUCUCUGUACAGCCUUAUAAAGAAGAAUAUGAACUGGUAGAUGAUGAUCAUGUUCCAGGGGAAAUAUAUGAAGACGAAGAUGAUGAGAACGAUGAAAAUAACUGGCGUAAUGAUUAUCCUGAUGAAGAUGAAUUCUUAGCAGAGGAAGAUGAUGAUGAUGGAGAAAAAGAGUCUGAAGACAGUUCCAGUGAUGACGACCAAUGUUACAGACGAAGAACAUGGAGCAAAUACCGUCAGGAAGUCCUACAGGAAUUUGGAUACGAUGAGAUCCAGGAUGUGGAUUCAGACUAAUAGCGUUUUUUUGAAGAUGAGAUGUACAGAACUGGUGCAGUAGGACUGAAAAUCCAGACAGCUGCUGACGGCUAUUCAUAAACAUUUUGAAGGGAAAAAAAAAACAAAACACCUGGGAACGCACUUUCUGCUAGAAGUUGUGCUUGUUGGGACAGUAGGAAACCAGUCUUCAUGUAGAUGAGCUAAAUUUUUGUGUGGCUGGCUUUAAGAUAACAUCGUGAAACAACUGGUGACUGGCAUGGUUCACCCUGAUACUUACUGCCUAGGUAUGACUAUUAGAUUCUAAAAGCUUUUUUUUUUUUUUUUUUUUUUUUUUACACUAUCUGAGCUGUCACCAAUGUUCAGUCAGCAUCAGCUGAUAGAUAUUAAAUAAGUGGGUAUAAAUUGAGACACUUGAUAAUACAAACUUUCUUUCCAAGCAGAAGAUACUAUGUGAUUUAAAAGAGAUUGUUCCACCAAUGCUGCGAUGCUGGGGUUGUGACAGGAAGCCUUCCUGUCAUGACUAAUCAUACGGACAUGAACAGAUCUGCCACGAGGGCACAUAGGAGUGCCAGAAAAGGCACUCUCUCCUAUUGCUUUCUACUGUGCUUGUUCCUAUGUUUCAAGUAACCUUAUUUACUUGAGCAUGCAAAAUGCCUUUGAGUGUCUGUUUUAUUGCUGGAUCUUUCCGAAACCCAGUAACUAGGGUAGAAAAAUACACGUGCGUUUGGAUUGUAAAAUAAAGAAUCUUUGACUAA